AACUAGUCCAUCGGCGGUGGUCUUUAUUUAUAUUUACUGCGUGAAUCUUUUAGAGACAAGUUUAUAAAGUCUUCCCAACUGUCUCCGGCCGGCGAGUGGUGGUGAUCUCCGGAAGCUUCGAAGCGCAGCCAUGGCCGAUGAAUUUGCGGGAAAAAUCGAAAGCAAAGGGCUAAACCCGGGACUGAUCGUCCUUCUUGUGAUUGGUGGGUUGCUGGUGACUUUCCUUGUGGGGAACUUCAUCCUCUACACAUACGCUCAGAAGAAUCUGCCUCCGAGGAAGAAGAAGCCUCUUUCCAAGAAGAAGAUGAAGAAAGAGAAGCUUAAGAAAGGCGUUCAAGUUCCUGGCGAGUAGUUUCUUUUUGUUUUGUUAUCUUUGAUCAUUUCCACUUUGCACGACUAGACCUUUACAUGACUCUUUUAGUUUUGAAUGUUUCGAUAUUAGCAUAUGAUGUUUCUUGAAUUAACAAUGGGUUCUCAUCCCUAUAAGCUUUGCUGGGUAAUGUGAUGUCGAGUUUGAUAUA